AAAAAAACAAUGUCUGUUUCCUGUAGUGAAGUGACAGUGGCAGGCGACAUCAAACAGGAAAAUGUGAAGUGCACGGAACCUCUUGGUCAGGAGCAAGUCAAACUCCUGAGUCUAGACUCUCCGGCGUCCACUGUGAUGCUUUUGGGGCAGCAGCAGCCCUCUCCAUCGGAUCGCAAGAUGCCCAGUAUGGACUCUUUGACCGCGCACUGUUCACCCACAGCUGCUCCUACCUCUUUGGCUUUCUCACCGGAGCAGGUUGCUUGUGUCUGUGAGGCGCUUCAGCAAGGAGGCAACGUGGAUCGGCUCGCCCGGUUUCUGUGGUCUCUACCCCAGAGCGACUUACUGCGCGGUAACGAGAGUAUCCUCCGCGCACAGGCGCUGGUGGCUUUCCAUCAGGCGCGCUACCAAGAGCUUUACAGUAUCUUGGAGAGCCACAGCUUCAACCCUUCGUGCCACUCUGUCCUGCAGGAUUUAUGGUACAAAGCCCGGUACACAGAGGCGGAGAAGGCCCGCGGUAGACCGCUGGGCGCAGUGGAUAAAUAUCGCCUGCGACGGAAGUAUCCCCUGCCCCGGACCAUCUGGGAUGGAGAGGAGACGGUGUACUGCUUCAAAGAGCGCUCCAGGAACGCGCUGAAGGACCUGUAUAAGCAGAACCGGUACCCGUCCCCAGCCGAGAAGAGGAAUCUGGCCAAGAUCACGGGACUUUCCCUGACACAGGUCAGCAACUGGUUCAAAAACAGGAGGCAGAGAGACAGAAACCCCUCCGAGGCGCAGUGCAAGAGUGAGUCAGAUGGAAAUCAUAGUACAGAGGAUGAGAGCAGUAAAGGUCAGGAGUCUUUGUCCCCGUGUCCGAUGUUGACCUGUGCCGAUGGGACCAUGGGUAAUGCAUCAGUGCCUCUCUGCUCUGGAGCUCUGGAGGCCGGGGUCAUCAUCCAGCAGGUUGGAGACAGCAGGAACUCCAUCUCCCCACCUGCUGUCAUCUUUAACGGAGUCUCUGUGAACACACCCACCUCCAUUUACCACAACGGCACCCCGGCCUUCCUGUCUUCCACAGGACAUUUGCUCUUCAGUGGCAUGAAUGUUGGACUCCAGCCUCUGGCUUGCAGGUCUGCUGCAGGUGUGGAGAUGAACAGUGCAGAGCAGGAUAAAGGAGAAACUUUGUUGUCAGGGGCGACAGAUGCUGCUUCGUCAUACCCCUCAUUUCACUGCAGCGUAAAUGGGAUGGAAACAGAGGUGAAAGUGGAGAAUGUGAGCCCGGACGUUUCAGCACGGGAUAGGGAUGCAUCGAUUAGCUUGGCGUAUAGUGCUGCGGUGUCUGAUGGAACUUUGCAGCUCGACGGUUACAGCAUGGGGGUGGUUUCAGAUAAGCUGGUAAUUCCUCCUUUGCGACUACCAUCGUCUCCAUCAUCAGUUACACAAGGUGAUGGCACUCUCAGCUCUUCAGCUUUAACAUCUCUGUGCCACCUCCAGGAGCACGAUAGGCUGCGACUGACCUCACUCGAGCCCAGCCCAGCACUCUACGACCUGGCUGCCGCACACAUGCUGUCCGCUGUAAAGAAGGAACCGCUGGAGAGUGCUGAAGGGUACAUUUAUCAUCCCGUGCUUCACCUGGAGCAGACUGGUCACCUGGGAUACACGAACACCCCUGACCCCACCCACAAUUCCGCAACCUCACUUAAUACCACUGUGACAACGACCCAGCAAGGGUACACCACUCUCACAGUGAGCACACCCUUACUCACCCAAACAGACAUUACCGGUGAGUUCAGAGGUCAUUUGACCUCGAGCCUAAAUGGAGACUUCCUGUAUGCGGAUUCAGAGAGGGAGAAGGUCACAGGCGAGAUGGUAGGAGUAAUGGAGGAAGAAGGGGAAAAACAACUGACUAAAUUAAAAACAGUUCAUAUAGAAGAAGAGAUGAAUGACCUAUGAACUUGUUACUAGGAGGUAAAAUGUUCUGUUACACUAUUUUUGAACGUUGAUCGAGUUUGAUUGUUUUAUGGCUAUGAAUGUUUUGUUUUUAAUGUAAGUAUUAAAUUAUUUUGGUGAGCCUGUCACCAGAUUUAAUAGCGCAACCAGUUUGGUUUGGAUGAUCUAUGCAAAGUCAAAUUUGGAAGAAACAUUUUUCCACAGUGUUUGUUUCUCUUUUUAUCUCUACACAGAGGUACCCUUUUAAGAUCUACUCUAGUUGUGGAUAAUUCUUAAUUUGCAUUUCUUCAUGUCUCUCCGUGCUCUAGUUUCUUUGAAAAGUGUUUACGUGAAUUUUGGAACUACAUAUACUAAAUGUAGCGUCAAAGUCAGAGAGAUGUCAUUUUCUUUCUGUCUCUUCCUCUCUCUCUCUCUCUCUCUCUCUCUCUCUCUCACUGUGGGGAGUGUGGACAUAUGUGUAUUUUAUGGGUGUCACCUGCUAGUUUCUGCCAAGAAGAGUUGAGUUUAGCAGACAGGUGGGCGUCUGGUCAUGUGAAAUCCAUGUUCUACAGCUCUGCAGUGUCAUCUGAACGUUAAAGGUCACAUUCACACACACACAAACAAACACUUACGCACAAACAGUUUUUUUACGCAUACUGUAACAUUGAAUUAUGAACAAUAGGAAGCCAUUACAGAAACACAAAUCAGUACUAAUACAAUUACAUUAUUUUAAAUAAUAUUUUAGGUAAUUUGAUGGACACCGGUCAGAGACUUGCAUUAUACAACAGUUAGGUAUUUCUUAGUUUUCAAAUAUGAUCGAAAGACAUUUCCAACGGUUUAACAUAUAAGCAUAGAACCGGCUGUUAUGUAUCGCUCCACCACAUUAACUGUGGUGAUAAACUCGCCAUCUGGUUUUUACAGUGAACCAGCAAAUUCCCAAGAGCAAAAACUGCUAACAAAUGGAAUGUCAAUUCAAAGCAAUAUAAAGACAAUUAAGCUAAUUGUUUAUAUUUUUAACCCAAAAAAAACACUGCACAGUUGUAAAUGGGCAAAAAUAUUUAUACAAGAGUGUUGUGUGUCCAUCUGUGAGUUUUAAGGUUGGUAUUGUUUGCGACCUUAAAUGCCAACUUUUUUGGCUGGUGUGAUAUCUGCAGUAUUUAACUCCAUGACAACAUCUAUGCAGCCAUUGGUUGGACAGAUAUAGCAAUGCUGUGUGGCAUCAUAUACUGCAAACAGGAUUAUCAGACAUUAAAAGGAUGUGUGAAGUUGAACAUGAUCAAGAACACUUAACAGCCUCGUGUGACUAUUAUUUUAGCAUGAACAAAAUGAGUAAAGUUGAACAAAACAUGUAUUUUUCUAUAAAAAAAAUGCACAAACGUGUGUGAUUAAAUAUUUAUUUUUAAUAGGCCUACAUGUAGCCUCACCUGAGUCACUUUGUUCAUGACUGUGAGAAAAGCGUGCCUGGUUUUCACUUUAUUUUGUUUGUGUUCUACUCUAUACUCUAUAAUGGAUGUUAAAUAUUCCAGUGGACAGGAAACACGCAAAUAUAAAGAUUUAAGUAGUUAGGGAGGGGAAGAGAGUGGAGACCUGAUACAGAAAGGCCAGACCGGGUGCUGGAAAAUCAAUGGUGAUCGUUUGCACAUGCCUGGUGGUCUGGAGCUUGUUAGCAAGCUGCUCUUGUCUCAGACUCCUAAAUUCAAAUAAACAGGAGGGCGAUUUCUGGAGGCCCUGUCGUCUCCUGUUAGGGGGUCCAGAAAGAGGCAGGGAAACAGACAGGCAGAGAAAUUCUUUCUGAUUUGUAAAUGUGUACAGACAUGCGUCUUUCAAACACAUCAAAACAGUUUGAUGCCACAAAACCACUGCCUAGCCAGCCACAUAAUUGUUGAUGCCAGACUGUCUAGCUGAUUGUUGAACAUCAUGAGCAUUUCACAUACUGAAGGAAAGGAAGAAUCUAUAGAGCAUAUUCCAGCAUUUUAGUUACAAGGAGAACAAAAAAAGGACGACAGAGAAAGAGAUAAUUGGAGCAGAUUGUGUGAUUGAAACAGGAGCAUUGUCACCUGUUCCCAAACAGCCCAGGUGACCCUGUUGCCAUGGGAGAUGGCCAGGUAUCAGGUAACCAGCUUGAACAAUGAAUUCGCUGAUGAAUGAUGAAGCGAGAGACAUGCUUGUACCUCCUGUUUUUCUGUGAUUUGAGACUUUUUUAAAACAUGCAAAGAAAAAGUUUGUGAUUGAAACCGCACUUAAAUGUCACACAUACCUCACACUGUGCAAGAACGGGAAUGCAAAGAGAACCUAUAAUAAAAAAAUAUGAAGCCCUCAAACUGAGCCUUAUUAAAAACGAUGACCUCUCA